AUGCAGUUCUCUUACAUCUUUGCCCUUUUCGUUGCCGUCGGCUCCGUCGCUGCCCUCCCCGCGCCUGCUGAGAAUGUCGCUCUCAAACCUGUUGCGCUCGAUGGGACCACAGAUGAGCAAGGCAGGAUGCUACGUAUUUUCAGAAUGGCUGCAGUCAAAAAGAACAAGGCUCAGUUGGAAAAUGACAGGCUAGCGCCUGCACCAAAGGUGGAACCCCCAAUGGAGAGUUAA